AUGCCAGUGGCUAUGCUUGAUGUGUUGAAAACAGGCGGAGCAUUUGUGCCCCUUGAUCCAUCUCAUCCUCGAGCUCGUUUGCACCAGAUAGCCGAAAAUUCUCGAGCAAAGAUUGUUCUUACGUCUGCCCAGAACGAUGAAUUAUUUACCGGCAGCAUGGCGGCGAUUUUGUGCUUGGAUCAAAUCCGAUUUGAUGAUCUGUAUCCAGACCAACUUCCAGAUCUUCCUAGCACGGCAGGGCCUCAGAAUGCCGCAUAUGUUAUAUUCACGUCCGGAAGCACUGGCCAGCCUAAAGGAGUAUUUAUCGAGCAUCAAGCUUUCUUGACGAGUGCUUUGGCCCACGGAGCAGUCAUGACUAUGAGUGAAUCCUCACGGGUGCUUCAAUUCGCCUCGUAUGCCUUUGAUAUGAGUCUGAUUGAGAUACUGACGACGCUUUUGUUCGGCGCAUGCGUAUGUAUCUCCGGCGAAUACGAAAGACUACAUACUUCGUCUGAGACGAUGAAUCUAAUGCAAGUCGACUUCGCAAUCCUCACUCCUGCAGCCUCCCGGGUUCUGAUUCCUGCAACCUUGCCACACCUACGAACUCUGGUCCUUGGAGGGGAGGAGCUGUCCGAGGCUGAUGCGGAAAGAUGGACUCGUAAUGGCCUGCGCGUCAUGAAUGCAUACGGGCCCACCGAAUGCUCUGUGGUGUGUAGCAUGAAUGCAUCCGUGGUGCCGCAAGCACCCGAAAGCGUUGGCAACGCCGUUGGCUGCAGGAUCUGGAUCAUCGACGAACAUAAUGCCAAUCGUCUGGCGCCUUUGGGGUGUACCGGCGAAUUAGUGGUGGAGGGUCCGAUCCUGGCCAGAGGAUAUAUGGACAAUCCAUCGCUGACGGCAGCGUUUUUUCUGGAAAAUAUGGAUCUUCCACACAUGGCUGAUGAUCACCUGGGGAUGUCGUCCAGGCGCUUUUACAAGACAGGUGAUAUCGUGCGGUAUGGUCCGGACGGUUCUAUCUACUUCGUUCGCCGCAAAGACGAGCAACUGAAACUUCGUGGGCACCGCUUGGAAAGUUCGGAUAUUGAACACCACAUCAAGUCCUACCUAGAAGACAGGGCUCACGUCGCUGUCCUGAAACACCGUGUUCCUGAUCUGAUGGAGAAUGAGACAAGCUCGGGAGACUUUCUCGCUGCACUGAUCUGCAACCUAGACGACGAUGAAGACCCGCCGCAGCAAACCCAUCAACAGCAAGUAUUGAAAUCCACGGCACGCCUCAUUCACGAUUCCUGUCUUUGCGAAGCCACCUAG